AUGUCGAAGGAGCUGUGGGUUGGUCUAGCAGCAGCCACAGCAGCGUCGGCCCUGUUUGGCACUGUCUUCGUUCCCGUCAAGAAAGUAGCAGUUGGAGAUGGGUUUUCUGCUCAGUUGUUUAUUUGUAUCGGUGCAUUCUUGGCAAGCACUUUCGUGCAUGGUCUGCUUGAUUUCCCUCCAGUGCAAGGCUUCGCGAUGAUUGGGGGUGCAUUGUGGAGCAUAGCUAAUGCUUUUGCACUGCAAAUAAUGAAACGACUGGGUAUGGCUCUUGCGAUUCUCGUAUGGAAUACAGUGUCCUGCAUAACAGGAUGGGCUACAUCAAGAUAUGGCCUUUUCGGUCUGCCCGCCGCUGUGCCUGCAAGCUUAACGUUGAACUACUUGGGAAUAAUCGUGCUUAUUGCAGGAAGUUUUCUUUGCGCCCUAUUUUCCGGAUUAUUCUAUGGAUCAAUGUGGAUUCCGAUCACCUAUAUGAGGAGCCAUCCGGAUAAGUAUCCCGAUGCUCCAGCAGAUAGCAUCUCUUACCUAUUUUCAUUCUUCUGCGGCGUGCUCUGCACUUCAAUUUGCACCUUCAUCAUCUACUCUGUGAUAAAGCGAAACAAACCUUGGAUCAAUCCGAGCGGCGUUGUUCCUACGAUGUUAGGUGGUGCCAUAUUCUUCUUUGCCAUGGCUGCAUUUGUUGUCGCUAUCGAUAACUUGGAUCAAGCGAUUGCUUACCCAAUCUGUGCAAUGGCUCCCGGUCUGGUUGUAUCCAUCUGGAGCGUCUUUUAUUUUAGAGAGAUUACGGUGAGGGGUCGACGAAAUUUGACAUGGUUGGGCAUAGCGUACGGACUUACUCUGAUAGGAGUAAUACUUGUAACUGUUUCGAAGGAAGUUUUCUUGUUUUGA